GCCGCGUUGAGGGACCCGGCUCAGGAACAAUGUGGGAACCACCUGAGCAGCUGCCAGAACCUGUUGCACUGUAGACUGUGCCUUAUGAAUACCUCCUAGUUCUUAAUUGACCAACAAAGAGUUACUUGGUUUUCUGAAUACAGUUCCAAGAUUAAUGGACAGCUUGCUGUUUAGACAAAUUAAAACCAGGAGAUGGAAAGACUGAUUGAAGAAGGUGAGAAUACAUCAACCCAAAGGGCUGAAUUGCAUGCUGGUAUUGGAAGAAUUGGACAUAUUAUGUUACAUGAAUAUAGCAUCCUCAGAGUAAUGGUUUGAUAGAGAAUUGGAAUAAGCAGUUGAGACAUUUUGUUGUCCUAAACAGAAAGAUAAAGGUAUGAAAAGCUUACAUGCUUUCAAGAAUGUGUGCUCACACUCAACAUGUAGGGGACUAAGGGAGAGUUUCCACUAGGUUGGUUUCUUCACUUUUGGUGGAGGGGGGUGGUGGCAGGAUGCUGAUUUGAUUAUACAUAGUCCUUCUCCACAUCAUCCCUACUUCUUUUUCCUUCCUGAUGUGGUGGUCCCAGGACUAUGAGGGCAACUGCAGGUGUGGGAGGCAGGGAUGAUUCCUAAGCAAGAAACUGUGAUUUCACCUUUCCGCCUUUAUGAAAUUUUCUGAGGGCCUGACAGAGUGGGUUGUGCCUUCUCCCCAUCUGACGAAGUUGGAGUUGACAGUGGAUGCUACUGUAUUUCUUAGUGGUCAGGGUAGCCUCGUUCUGUCCUGUUGUAACCUUACCCUACAUGACUGAGGGGGAGGCACUUACUAGACUCAUUUUGCUGUCAGCAGGCUAGACCAGGACAGUGAUCAAAACUCAUGUUCCGACAAUCCUGCACACUCUUUCUUUACAACUUGGGCCCUGCAGAAUGGUUCCUGCAAAGAAGGGUGGCGAGAAGAAGAAGGGCCGGUCUGCCAUCAACGAGGUGGUGACUCGAGAAUACACUAUCAAUAUUUGCAAGCACAUCCAUGGAGUGGGCUUCAAGAAGUGUGCCCCUCGGGCACUCAAAGAGAUCCGGAAAUUUGCCAUGAAAGCGAUGGGAACUCCAGAUGUGUGCAUCGAUACCAGGCUUAACAAAGCUGUCUGGGCCAAAGGCAUAAGGAAUGUCCCAUACUGUAUCGGUGUGCAGUUAUCCAGAAGACACAAUGAAGAUGAAGAUUCACCAAACAAGCUCUAUACUUUGGUUACCUAUGUACCUGUUACUACUUUCAAAAAUCUACAGACAGUCAACGUAGAUGAGAACUAACUAGUGAUUGUCAGACAUAUCAAGUAAAAUUAUAAAAUCACAAAAAAAAAAAAAACUCAUGUUCCUUUCAGGGGUAUAAAAGUUUGGGUAAAAAUAAAUGACAAAUGGACAGAAGGAGAAAUAAUAGCUGAGGGUAGAGGAACAAAUAAGUGGGUUAUACAGUGAGGGGAAAUCAUAAUACCUUGAGAGAGGCUUAGAGCAAGAAAAUAAUUAUCUCUUACUAUCAUCAUACCAUAUGCCCAGAAAGGU